AUGCCUAGCCUUGUGAAAAUAUUGGAAGCGAACGCUGACAUUGGCUAUCUCCAAUGGGAAGGCUGGAGUGCGUGCCCUGACGUGUGCGGUAUAAGGUACCAUCAAGUCAGGAGGAGGAUUUGUCAAAAUCCUACCACUACUAUAGGAGGUGGUGAUUGCUCCGGUCGGAAAUCAGAAACUCGGGAGUCAGGAUGUUACAAAGAGUGUCUUGACCGCAAUUCUACAACCUACGAAUUUUUGACAGCCAACUUAUCUUGUCCAAACGGUACAUUCAUCAACAUUAACAGCAUAUACUACGGCCGUGAACAAGAGAACGCUAGCAUUUGCGACAGCAGUGGCCUUUCAAAUGAUGCAUGCGUUCCCCCGAAUGACACGGCUGGCCAUAACAGAGCGCAGGUCUAUGAAAGAUGUCAGAUGAGAUCUAAUUGUACAAUAGAGGUUUCUAAUGACACUUUCCUCGAUCCAUGCCCUGGCUUCAGAAAGCAAUUGAAGAUCCACUUCAUAUAA